GCUGGGGGAGGGGGCCCAGGACACAGCCCCCCAGUGGCCGGCCCACCUGCACACCCUGCGCCUGCAGAGGAGGGGGAGUGUGAGGACUCCAGGGUGCCCCCAGCACUUGCCCUCCGCAGGCUCAGGCAGGCUGCGCCGAGUCCAGGGCCCGCGGCUGACCCACAGGUGUGCUCUGCUCGGACAGCUCUCAGUUUUGCUGCCUGAGAGGUGGGACAUCUUGCCCAGAGCACUGGCCAUCCCGUCAGAGGAGAGCCCUUUGGCCUUCUACUCCCCUGCUGCCUCUUCUCCCUCUGGAUUUCUGAGGCUCCUUCCCUCUUGAUCCCUCAGAUCCUUCAGCUCUCUCCCCCCACCCUCCACCCCCCACCCCCCCAGCCUUCAAUGACACAGUUACCUCAGAACUGAAAUAUUCCUGGAAACACCGGCCUUGUCUGGUUAAUUUCAUGAGCCGUUUUUCUGCCCAGAUGACUUCGCUCUUGUUUUUCCAGAGGCUUCUCCCCGUGCUGUCCCUGUGUAGGGAGCCAGUCCUCCCCAGGGAUGUCCCACAGGACCCAGAGGGGGAGGGAAGAACAAGGCCCAGAACUGGGUUCCUGACCUCCCGCCCCCACCCUCUGUGCGCCAGGCAGCAUCCAGUCCUAGAACUCUGGCUGGCAGGGCUGCCCAGAGCAGGGUGGGGUAAAGAGCCGAGCCUAGCUCCUAACUGCCGGUUCUGCUGGGACCCUCGGCGUCAUCACUAACUUCGAGAAGAGACCGGACUCAGUCCCAGAAGGGCUGCUCCCUGCUCAGCAGGGGAUUCGUGGGGGAUGCUCGCGUGCCUGUGCACCGUGCUCUGGCAGCUCCCUGCAGUGCCAGCCCUCAACCGCACGGGAGACCCGGGGCCCGGCCCCUCCAUCCAGAAAACCUAUGACCUCACCCGCUACCUGGAGCACCAGCUCCGCAGCUUGGCUGGGACCUAUCUGAACUACCUGGGCCCCCCUUUCAACGAGCCUGACUUCAACCCCCCUCGGCUGGGGGUGGAGACUCUGCCCAAGGCCACUGUCAACCUGGAGGUGUGGCGAAGCCUCAAUGACAAACUGCGGCUGACCCAGAACUACGAGGCCUACAGCCACCUCCUGUGCUACCUGCGGGGUCUCAACCGCCAGGCCGCCACGGCCGAGCUGCGCCGCAGCCUGGCCCACUUCUGCACCAGCCUCCAGGGCCUGCUGGGCAGCAUCGCGGGCGUCAUGGCAGCUCUGGGCUACCCUCUGCCCCAGCCUCUGCCCGGGACUGAGCCCACCUGGGCCCCUGGCCCUGCCCACAGUGACUUCCUCCAGAAGAUGGACGACUUCUGGCUGCUGAAGGAGCUGCAAACCUGGCUGUGGCGCUCAGCCAAGGACUUCAACCGACUCAAGAAGAAGAUGCAGCCUCCGGCCACCGCGGUCACCCUGCACCUAGAGGCCCGUGGCUUCUGAUCUCCGACCACCCUCUCCUUCCGCUGCUCCUUCCAGCCCUGCUCCCACUCUAGGAGGGAGAAACGUGUACACCAACACUUGUUGAGCCAGGAGACUGAAGCCGUGAGCCUCUAGCCUCCCUGUGCUUGGAGGAGGGUGUGAUGCAAUGAGGCCCAUCCCCUCCUGGCCUCCCUAAGUCCUACGGGUCUGAGGAAGAGGUGCAAUAGGCCCCAUCCCAUUUCCACAGGACGUCAUGGUCAAGGGCACCCAGAGUGGCUGCAGUCGGUGUGAGGCUCUUGCAGCUUCCUGCUUCCUGCCCACCACUUGCCAGCACCCACCCAGCCCCUCGAGUGGCACUUCCAGGAAGCGUGCCUGUGGGGCAGGGAGAGGGGGUACCAUCACAUGUGCCUUUCUGGGGUGAAACCCUUUGGCUGCCCUGCUCUCCUUAGAUGGGUGUUGCUCCCCCACCCCUCAAACAACUCAAUACAUGCAGUUCAGGAAGCACACAGUGGCCAAGUCCAGACGGAAGAGAUGGGAUGAAAAACGGAAGAGGCGGGGUCUGCAGUGGAGGUAAUACUGAAAGCAGAGGGGCAGGGACAGACUGGACCCAGGGGUCACCAAGGUGAUCCGUGGCACAGGGUGUCAUCCAGAAGGACAUGGCCUUGAAUUUUCUUGCCAGCUACAGGGUGCCUCCCUUCUGCCCCCUUUCCCAGGGUAUCUGUGGGUUGCCCGGGCUGGGGAGGGCAACCAUAGCCACAGCCACAGAAUUUCCUGAAAGUUUACAUUGCGGUAGCAUUUCGGGGUACGGGGGCAGCUCCCCUAGGCCCUGCCCCCCAGCCCCACCCAACUCAUGACUCUUUUAAGUUUGUUGUAUUAAUAUUUAUUUAUUUGGAGAUGUUAUUUAUUAGAUGAUAUUUAUUGCAGAAUUUCUAUUCUUGUAUUAACAAAUAAAAUGCUUGCCCCAGAA